AAGGAAGCGAUUGGAGAGCGAGCUGGCUGCAGCUGCACUGUAGGCUGUUUUCAGGGACAAGGAGCCACUGUUUUUCAAACAUAGCAUAAACAUAGAAGUUAUUUUGUAGGCUUCAGGAUGCAGAUAUGGGUUGUGCUGCCAGCAUUGUUCUGCUCCAAGCCUUUCGUUCUGUGGUACAGAGGAACUGUCCACAUAUCUGCAGGCGACGACGACGAGAGGAGUUGUCACAUGAAAUUCUGCCGCUGGAUAGUGAUGAUGAAAUGAGCAGACCCAGGACUCUCAUCAUAAUGCAGGAAAAACCCAAACUCUUGGAGCCUUUGGAUUAUGAAGCUGUUAUCACAGAGAUUGAAAAAAAUAUUGGGGAUAACCCGUUUAAGGAUCUGAUAUUAUUCCCCGAUGAUGACUUUUCAACAGACACAAUUUCACUGGAAAUCAGGACGCUGUAUCCUUCUGUACCUGAAGAUGCAGAACAAAAAGCAGAAAAUUUAUUUGUUAAAGAG